ACGGCUGCCGACGGCGGGGCCGCGCCGCAGGACGGGACCGGACGGGACGGGACGGGGAGGUGGUCGUCGCCAUCGCCCGACAUCGCGCCCCUGGAGCCCGACGCACCCCCGGGAAUUACUGGAGAUUGGGUUACCAGAUGGAGUGGAUGACGGAGCUAUUAAGGGGCAGAGCAAGAAGGAUUCAAGGAUGAUUGAGGAGAGUGGGAAGAGGCGGAGGACCAUGGCAGAGAAGAGGCAGCUAUUCAUGGAAAUGCGAGCCCAGAAUUUUGAUGUUAUCCGAUUAUCAACCUACCGGACAGCUUGCAAACUACGAUUUGUGCAAAAGAGGUGCAAUUUACACCUCGUUGAUAUAUGGAAUAUGAUUGAAGCCUUUCGAGAUAAUGGCCUUAAUGCUUUGGACCACAGCACUGAAAUCAAUGUGUCCCGUCUGGAAACCAUCAUUUCAUCCAUCUACUAUCAACUGAACAAACGCCUUCCUUCCACUCACCAGAUCAGUGUGGAGCAAUCAAUCAGCCUUCUUCUCAACUUUAUGAUUGCUGCAUAUGACAGUGAGGGCCGAGGAAAGUUGACGGUAUUUUCAGUUAAAGCUAUGUUAGCAACCAUGUGUGGUGGAAAAAUGUUGGACAAAUUGCGAUAUAUUUUCUCCCAAAUGUCAGACUCCAAUGGCUUAAUGGUAUUUACCAAAUUUGACCAGUUUCUAAGGGAAGUUUUGAAGCUCCCAACAGCUGUGUUUGAAGGCCCUUCUUUUGGAUACACAGAGCACUCGGUCCGCACAUGUUUUCCACAACAGAAAAAGAUCAUGCUGAAUAUGUUUUUAGACACACUGAUGGCUGAUCCACCUCCCCAGUGCCUUGUUUGGCUACCUCUCAUGCACAGACUUGCUCAUGUUGAAAAUGUCUUCCAUCCCGUGGAGUGUUCAUAUUGCCGAUGCGAGAGCAUGAUGGGUUUCCGGUAUCGAUGCCAGCAGUGCCACAAUUACCAGCUCUGCCAAAACUGCUUUUGGCGCGGCCAUGCCAGUGGCCCUCACAGCAACCAACAUCAGAUGAAGGAGCAUUCUUCUUGGAAAUCACCUGCCAAGAAGCUGAGCCACGCAAUUAGUAAAUCUUUGGGCUGUGUACCCAGCAGAGAACCUCAACAUCCUGUUUUCCCUGAGCAGCCGGAGAAGCCGCUUGAUCUUGCGCAUAUAGUCCCUCCCAGGCCACUGACCAAUAUGAAUGACACCAUGGUUAGCCACAUAUCCUCUGGAGUGCCCACUCCCACCAAAAGGUUACAGUACAGCCAGGAUGUAUCCAAUCACUUGCCUGAUGAGCAUGCAUUGAUAGCCUCCUAUGUGACACGUCUGCAGGAUGGUACACGUGUUCUGGACAGCCCCAGCCGACUGGAUGAGGAGCACCGCCUGAUCGCCCGCUACGCUGCCCGCUUGGCUGCAGAGGCAGGAAAUACUCAACCCCGUCCCCCCGCUGACCUAGGCUUCAGCUUUGAUGCAAACAAGCAGCAGAGGCAACUGAUUGCAGAACUGGAAAACAAAAACAGAGAGAUCCUGCAAGAGAUCCAACGCCUCCGCCUGGAGCAUGAACAGGCUUCACAGCCAACUCCUGAGAAGGCCCAGCAGAACCCCACACUGCUGGCAGAACUCCGGCUGCUGAGGCAGAGGAAAGAUGAGCUGGAGCAAAGAAUGUCUGCAUUGCAAGAGAGCAGGCGAGAGCUGAUGGUGCAGCUAGAAGGGCUAAUGAAAUUGCUGAAGGAGGAAGAGCAAAAGCAGGCCGCCCAAGCUGCAGGAUCCCCACAAACAUCCCCAUCUCACGGGGGGAGCCGGCCAAUGCCCAUGCCAGUCCGCUCUACAUCCGCCGGCUCUACCCCUACCCACGGCCCUCAGGACUCCCUGACUGGAGUUGGAGGAGAGGUGCAAGAGGCCUUUGCACAAGCAGAGGAAGGUGCCGAGGAAGAGGAGGAGAAGAUGCAGAAUGGGAAAGACAGAGGUUAAAUGGAAGAAUCUGAACAGAGAGAUAGUGCAAGCACAGAGGGCACUGCAGUGAAUUGGCAUUGGCAGGACGUCUCCACACCCCUCCCCAGAGGCUCCUUUCCACACAUCUCUCCACAACUGCACGCCAGGACCGGGCCUGCAGGCUGCCCGCUACCCCUGGGAAGAGGGAGCCGGCACCGGAGGGGGGGGGUGGCGGCCAGAGAGCCCCAGCCGGUGGGCCUUCCUCUCAGAUUCCUGCAUGUACUAACACCAUCGCCUCUCUCCCCCCGAGGCACAGUCUCAUCUCAGUUGCAACGAGGAAUUUCCUGGGAGGUUUAAAAAAAAAAAAAACACCCUAAAAAAGCAGUCCUCUUGUGUCAGUGA